GCCCCUUGCAAUUAUAUCUCCAAGCAUCAACCCGGGAGAAAAUAAGCCAGCAUGAAUAAAGUCUUGAAGUCAAAACUUAAAUUCUUGGUGUCGCUGAAAGUGAAGCACUCGAAAGGCGGCAACCGAUCCAUCUGUAACCGGCUGGCCAUGGAACACUUUGACAAACUGACCUGUCGUCCCCAGGAUAGCGUGCUGUAUGUCGGGUGUGGAGCUGGAGAGGAAGCCGUCAUUCUGGCCACUAGGGUACGGGAUGUUGUGGGUAUUGACGUCGAUUCUGCUAUCCUAGAGAUCGCCAAGCGGGAUUUUCCUGCUGACAACGUAGAGUACGUGCUGGACGAUCUUGGGGAUGCCAGCCCCAACCUCCCCAAGUGGACAGGUGCCUUCGACAAAGUGGUGAGCAUCGGCCGCGCCAUGUUUUUCCCUAAGAUGGCUACGGUGCUGCGCAACAUGGUAGGCUGCCUCAAGCCCGGGGGCGAGAUGUUGGCCAUUAUUCCAAACGACGAUUUCAAUUUCUUCGACGGAGCAGCCACGAUAAUCGAGGAGCAUCCGGAAUGGGGACAGUCACUUAAGGAGAGGAAUGUGACGCUGUGGCACAAGACCGAAGGAGAGGCAGAGGGGUUAAUGAGAGAGAUUUGCGAAUGGUCUCAACUCUCAUGCAAAACUCAGCGGCUCAAUUUUGGCUUGAGCGAAGAGAAAGCAAAAUUGGUAUGGUUGGAUAGUCUAGAGGCCGUGGAGCAAGUUGGCGAGUCUAACCAGACGGCGUGCCUCGAGGCAAUGUGGCAAUGGGCUCGGGCCGAGUAUGAGAGCAAUGAACACGGCAUACUCAACAAACCUUCGGAAUAUAUGGUGGUUUAUGGAAUCAAGAAGAACUAGUGGCGAGUCUAGCCGACGAAGACACAACCGAUCAAGUCCAAAACCAAUCAUAUAAAACGUUCAUUUUUGUUCGCUUGAAAUGAAACCAUUAACAAUGUUCAAAACUCAAAACGUCUGUAAAUUUUGGGCAAGCUGGGCUGAAAACAGGUAACAAAAGAAAUUACCAAGCCUUUGCAUUCCAAAGAAAUCUUGGUGAUGAAUAUUUGAAAUAUCGAUUUUUUUCUCAACUGUACUUUUUAUAAUAGCAUUUCAGAAAUGAUAUGGUAUUCAUCACCUGGGCAUUUUUUUUUUAAAUUCUUGUAUUCUCAUUAAAUAUUGUAAAACUACAGAUUACAGGGCGAGUGGGGUUUUGUGAAUUUUAAUGGGCUGUUAGAUCUUUAUCGGGGUAACCCGGGUCCCAUUAAUGAAAUUAAGCUGAUUUGUUGGGGUAAAAUGUAUGAAUUUUGGGGUGUAAAGAUUUUUGGGGUAAAAAACAGGUGUGAUGGAUGACAGAUGUCCAUGCAAUGAACUUAGAUAUGAACACGUGAGCUAGUGAUCACGGACACGCUUAACACGGUUACUUUAGUCUGUCCACAAAAAGUACACAAGUGAACACAGUUUGGCCUUUAACCGUUACAAAUUAACAACAUGAAUCAACAACGGCAAUUUGUUUAUCUAAUUAGAUUUAAGCAAUCAUAACUUAUCACAGAAUAAAAAACAAUUACCAGGAUGGAUGAUGAUAACCAUGUACAGUUGUACAGGUGCAUGAUUACCGAUUAAAUGCAAUAAACCCUACUCCCUGACAUGUGCUGACA